GUCGCUAUGGAAACUGCGUUACGCUCCGGGCGGUCGGAGGAGAAAACAAGAGCGCGAGGACUCAUUUCGGUCCUCAUUUCAGCACCACGCGCCUCCUGGACAGCGCCCGAAUGAACUCGCGCACAGACUGUAGCGUCGUAUGCCUCAUAAGGGACAGAGCCGCAUCAGCACUGAGUCUAAGCGGAGUGGGCAGGGACUUCAAAAGAAAAACAAACCCACGUACAAGAGACACAGACUGCGGACCAGAAGCUCGGUGGAUACUUAAGGUUUAAUACCGCUGUCAAGCCAGGAGUCAGUCGCUCCCUCAAAUGCCACAGCAACAGGGUAGCAGCAUGUCUGAAACCAAAUCCAGCCAACGGUUUCACAGCCUGAAUGCUGAGCAGGUGGAGGUUCUCCAUCAGGUUCUGUCCGAGGUGGUUCCGAUCCAUGGACGCGGGAACUUUCCCACGCUGGAGCUACGUCCUCGAGACAUCAUUAUAGCUGUGCGGGCCAGGCUGCAGAAGCAGGGGAUCACUGUAAGAGAUGUUCGUCUGAACGGCUCCACGGCCAGCCACGUCCUUGUCCGAGACAACGGAACAAGCUACAAGGACCUGGACAUCAUCUUUGGAGUGGAGCUGCCCAGUCAGGAGGAGUUCCAGGUAAUCAAAGAGUCAGUGCUUGGCUGCUUGUUGGACUGCCUACCUGCUGGAGUCAACAGGGAGCGAAUCAGCAGCGCAACAAUGAAAGAGGCCUAUGUCCAGAAAAUGGUUAAGGUCUUCAAUGAACAUGACCGCUGGAGCCUCAUCUCCCUCUCAAACAAUAGUGGCAAGAAUCUGGAGCUCAAAUUUGUGAGUGCGUUGAGGAGGCAGUUUGAGUUCAGUGUUGACUCCUUCCAGAUCAUUCUGGAUCGUCUCCUGGAGUCCUACAUGCAGCAGGAGUCACGGCACAAAAAAAAUACAGUCGAUCUUAAGGAGCAGCCUGCAGAGAAUCAGAAUAAAGACUCUCCCUCUCUGCUCAAACAGGCCGCUGCUCCAGAAACAGAGAGGUCCACUGCUAGAGACUCAUCCAACAAAGAGGGGGCUCAGAUCACUCAGACACAGCAGAGAGAAGAGGUGUAUGAAAAGGAGUCACAGACAGACCUAUCACAACAAAGUGAACAUUCAAACCAGACAAAAGACUCCAAAGUGGAGAAAGACAACAAAGAGAAAACACCUGCAGAGCUGAAAGACGUGUCAGAACACAGAGAAAACUCAAAUGAGACAGACUCCUCUGACCAGACAUCUCUUAACCUCCUGUCAGAAAAGAAGGAAAUCUCUGAGAAAACUGACACACCAACUCAGAUUGAACUCAGACGCGAGCCAGAGCUCUUGGACGAGACCAAAUACUCAACGAAGGUAGAGCAGUCAGAGGAAACCCAACCCUGUGAUGGCCAACAACCAGCACACUCAAAUCACAAGGAAGUCUCUGUCCAGAAAGAACCGUCUAACCACAGAAAACCCCCUGACGAACAGAAAGAUCUCACAGAGCAGAUGGGACAGUCCGAGUUGCCAAAAACCUCAAACAAAACCCAGGCAGGAUCUUUAAAUCUGGCGGAGGAAUCACACACCACGGAGCACUCUGAUAAAACAGAUUCCUCUAAGUGUUUCAGUGAGGAUCAGAGAGGCAAUGAGAAAGAUAAAACACAACAUGUGUCUGUUCCAGACACUAUCACGUCUCCACAUGCUAAGACAGAGACACAGCUAGCAGAUGAAAGAAAAGUAGAAACAGAGACAGGGGAGCAGAUAGAAGUGGAGAGGAAAAAUGACUCAGAAACAAGUGGAACUGAAGAGAUUUCAGCAUCAGAAGCAAAAAACACUGAAAACACACAGGGUAUUGAUUGUUCCUGCUCCACCUCUUCCAUAUCUCUUACAUUUCACAACACACAGCUUACUGGCACACAGGAUACACUGGAGAUUCACAGCACAGUACACACCGACAACUCAGAAAAAUCACCUAACAUACUUGAUGCCGUCAGCCCUCCAGAUACUCAGGAUAUUUUACCUGCACCACCCAGCCUUGUUUCUGACAAAAAGACCUCCUCUUCCCCCUCUUGUAAGGCCUCAGAUAGGCUAUCUCACAUGGUGGUGCUCAAACACUCCUCUCCCAAACCCCCUCGGAGAAUGUGUAGGAAGGUUACCCCCAGUUCUUACCCCGGUCCGGUCUCUGAAAGCGAAUCUGUCACAGCACCAUGUCAAGAUCCGAACCCCUGUCCCAGCCCUGAACCUGAGACAGCCUUCAACCCAAAGCCUACAGCUCCCAGUUCAGACCCUACAACUACCCCAACAACCAGUAUACCCACUGAAACAGACCCUGGGCCUGAACCCAACCCUUCCAGUAACCAAGCUUCAAACCUAGACCUUACCUCAGCCCCUGAUCCAGCCCCUGAUAUAGUCUCCACUUCUGAUGUGGAUCCGAUGUCUUUACCUCAAGAGCCACCAUCCUCUCAGCUAAUCACAGAGGGUUCAUGUGAGACAAGUAGUCAGAGCCUGAAAGAGACCCCAUCUACAGACGUGGCUUUGGAUGAGCAAAGCCAGUCCUUGCCUAGCGAAACUGUCUCUACACCCAAACAAUCAGAGCCUGUUGACUCAGUGGAUCCGUUGGUUUCACACAGUGAUAUGUCUAGCUCAAAUAUCCAAGAACCUGUACUUACCUCAGAAGUCAAGCUCAGUGAUGAAGAUGAAAACAGAGAAGAAUGGACCAAAAAGGUGGACUUGAAUCUGCCAAACAGCAGCCCACAAGAGACCACACUCAGUUCACCCUCCUCUUCCCACUGUGUCACCCCUCCUGUUUCCUGUCUCACCCCUCCCAUACUCAGCCUCUCCCCUCCUUGCUUCACUCCCUCACCCCCCAGCCUCAGCCCUCCCCCAUGUCUGACCCCUCCCCCCCACUGCCUCUCGUCCCCGAUGCCGAGCACCGUCAGCCUCGCUACCAGCUUUAGCUCUCCACCCCUGAGUUUCAGCCCUACCUCAUCCUGCCUCAGCUCACCUCCUUACCUCACUCCUCCUAUGCUCAGCCUUAGCCCUCCUCCGCUCUGUCUUACCCCACCUUCCCCCUGCCUCAGCCCUCCCCUGCUCUGCCUCACCCCACCGGUAGAGUCAGAGGACCUUGUACCUCAGGUAUCCUCAGACAUGGAGCCUUUGAUACUAAACACAGACGGAGAGGAACAGAUUAAAGAGGCCUCCCCUCAGCCAGGAGUUCCUCUCCUACAGUUAGAGGAUAAAAAAGAACAAGAUUAUAUCUCACAGUUGCCUCGGGUUGUAGAGCCUGUCUCUUUUCCAAUCACAAUCCCGAGCUCCACCUCACAUGUGCUGCCUCACUCUCAGUCUGGAGACCCGGGGGAAUCUGCCCCUCCAAAAGCAGAUGAGGCAUCCAGCUCCGUGCCUGAGAACAAAGAGGCCCCUAAGGUAACUGCAGACAUGCCUGAACAGAGCAGCGCUCCUCUGGCAUCUGGCUCGGUCCCUGCCGUCGAGGUCCUGGCAGAGAGCAUGUACGGUGACUUUGAGGCAGCCAUGGACCACCUGCGCUAUCGCCUAAUUGCGACCAGGAACCCAGAGGAGAUUCGAGGUGGUGGCUUGUUGAAAUACAGCAACCUGUUGGUCAGGGACUACCGACCAGCCAGUGAGACUCAGAUAAAGACACUGGAGCGCUACAUGUGCUCGCGCUUUUUCAUCGACUUCCCUGACGUGCAGGAGCAGCAGAGGAAGAUCCUGUCCUACUUGAAGAACCACUUCAUCGGUGAGGAGAGAAGCAAGUACCAGUACCUGAUGACAUUGCGUCGCGUGGUAGACGACAGCACAGUGUGUCUAAUGGGACAUGAGAGGCGUCAGACACUGAAUAUGAUCACAGUGCUGGCACUGAAGGUUCUAGGAGAGCAGAACAUUAUCCCCAACACAGACCAUGUGACAUGCUUCUACCAGCCUGCCCCCUACCUUGCUGAGCACAGUGCCCCCUACCUAGCAGAACCCAGCUACUGCAGCUAUUACAUACCCCAAGGGGGAUCAACUCUGCUUUACCAACCCUACCCCUUACACCUUCACACACAGACUGGACUGGUCUAAAACACACACACAUUUACACAUAAUACACAAUCGAGCAAGGGGAAGGUGCUUGCCAUGAAGUAAGAGCUGGAGAAUGGAAAUAUAAUCCAGGGAUAAACUGUUUGGUCUAUAAUAGACCUAUGGGGGUGGGAUUGUGUGGGUUUUUACAGUAAACUCCCAGAGUACUCUGUAAGGUUCUAACAUGAUUAUAUGUAAUUAUCUGGGCUUUGUGGGAAAAUAAUAAUUCUUCCGAUAUUGUUGAAAUUCCAGAAAAUGCUGUAUGCACUGCAUGAGUCAUAGCCCUUUGGUCUCCCCGGGAAACCAACUGUGCUGUUGACAUUCACACACAUGCACGCACACACACAAACACACAUACACAUGCACAGACACACACACACACACACACAUACAUGCAAACACACUUCCAGGUUCUUGAAUUCUUGUACACUCUUUUCAUGUUCUUACUGUGUUGUUCUUAAUGGGUUUGUUCAGAAUGUGGACCUUGCCUGUGGUUGAUAUUGUGCAUGGAUAAAUUAGGACUGUUCUCUCACUGCCAAAUACUGUGUGACUACUAUGCUUCUUAAACAGUUAAAUGUAUCUUUGUUAUUCCUUUACUGAAGGGGGUGUAUUCUGAAAAAAAUACUGAGGGACAAGUUGACCAGUGUGUACAGUACUUUCAUGCGAACACAACACAGACACACAAAUACACAUACAUACAUAGACACAAACAGACAUACAGUAUACUGUAUGCACACAAAGUUAGACAAUGCAUGAGUAGCUAAAUAUAUAGAUCACAUCCCGAAGUCAAAGCAAAGGCUUUUAAUUUAAUAAAAAUGGAUCUAUUUUUGCAAGACUUUCCAAGAUAAUACUCAGUGGUUAACAGACUGAUUAGUUCCUACAGAAAAAUGCCAACAACAAUGCCUUUGCAAUAGACUGUACAGCAUUCUUGAUUACAGUAUAUUGUGUGCGAAUACACUGCAUUGUUAUCAGGUAAAUUGUGUUAAGAUGUAGUGCUUGAUUUCUUUCCCUUGUGGAGUCUUUUCUGUAAUCAUGUGAAGUACUGUACCAUCUAGUGUUGAUUUAUUUAAUGCUAAAGUUUACUCUGUGGAGGUGGUCAGGUUAUAACCAUCUUUGGGUCAUCUCUAAACAUGGCAGACGCGGAUCUGUCCAAACUGAAGGAAUCACAUUGAAACACGUACAACUCCUCUCAGCAUGAAUCAGCAUUCUCUAAUUCACUCAGUCAGAACCAACAAGUUUAAAAUCCACCUCAAAACUGUUUGAAUCUAAGUUUAAAGUAGUGCAACAGCAACUAUGACCAAAGAUGGUUUCGGUAGGGAAAUCAAGUGCCUAAAUGUGAGACAUCAUUGGCAUGUCUUUAUCUCACUGCACUGGGGGGGUGUUAAUGGGGUGGGCUUGGGGCCAGGUUGGGUGUGUGUUCAGUUGUUAACCCCUGUUAUUGCUGCCCGUUUUGAUGUCUUCUUUAAUGUAGUCCUUUGUUGUAGUUUGUUCAUGUACAUUUUGAUAAAAUAAAGGGGAAACUCAACA